AUGGAGAACCAGCAUCAAGAGGAGGAGCCAUCUUCAUCAAACUCAGACCUCAAAAGGCAAGAAACUUUAUUAUGCGAACAAUGCAAAGAAAACCCAUCAAAAUACAAAUGCCCAGGUUGCUCUGUGCGCUCUUGCAGCCUCAAUUGUGUCAAAGCUCACAAGCAACGCACUUCCUGUACUGGAAAGCGGAGCCAGACCCACUUUGUCCCUCUCUCUCAAUUCGAUGAUAAUCUCCUCUUAUCUGAUUAUAAUUUGCUUGAGGAAAUCAAGAGGGUGGCUGAAUCGGCUCGGAGGACGAGAAGUAAAUUGCAUCCUUAUCCUCCUCGUUUUAAGUAUCCAUCUAGCCUUCAGGGCCUUAAACAUGCUGCUGCAACUCGGAGAACAAAGCUCCUUUUUCUUCCAAGUGGAAUGUCAAAGAGGGAAAAGAAUCAGACUCUAUAUGACCCAAGAAAGAAAUCUAUCUCUUGGACAAUUGAGUGGCAGUUUCACUCAACUGAUGUUGUUUUACAUGACCACGGUGUACAUGAAGACACUAAACUUUUCUCUGUAAUUGAGAAGCACUUGAAACCUGGACCAUGGAACCAUCCAUUAAGGCAAUUUUGUGAGGAGCAUUUGGAGUCUCUCAAGUUUUUCAUUCGCAAGUUUCCAAAGGGACCCAAGUCACCUUUCUGCGAGCUUGACACCAAGGCCUCUUUAAGGCAGCAAUUAGCGAAUGUUGUUAUCAUGGAAUACCCUGUUAUUCAUGUUUUUCUUCCAUCACACAAGUAUGAUUUUGAAGUUAUCAAAGAUGUUCGUUUUUUCAAUCUUAGAUUGGAUGCUAAGAAUUCUGCCAGCAAUCAAUGCCCAAGCCCAAAAGGCAUUGUCUUUAAGGAAGAGGAAAUAGAAGAUGCCAAUAAUGGCUCUUCAGAUCCGCAAGUUUAUGAUUUGAUGAAGAAUGAAAUUUUGAGUCCACCAAAUCAAAUACCUCAUCAUAAUGCUUCUGUGAAAGCAUUAGAUGACUCAUCUGAUGGCACUUUGCUUGAGAGAGAAACAGCAGUUAAUGGUCCACAUUCCAGCUCCAACUGCAAAGGGACUUUUGAGAAUAUGGAAUUCGAAUUUGAUCAAGGUUUGAUGGAUGCAUACUCGGAUCUCAUUGCAGAAAUUAAUCCUGAUGACUUUCUUGAUUUGGAGGGUGUAUUUUCCAAGGAAGAAGAAGAGAGGAAUGAUCAUUCUAUUUCCAGGGGAAUUUUCUCAUUGGAAGAGGAAUUGGAAGAUGGGGAGAUUGCAGAAUAA